AUGCAGUUAAAGGAUGUUGAUAAUGAUGACUGUUUGUACCAGCUUCUGCUGUAUUUAGUGAUCAAGAUGGGCUGCAAUUGUGACUACGUGACCACAGGCGUAGCGGGCCUGGAUCCUCAUUAUGACAACUGCAUUUCGACGUGGAGUGAAUUGCAUCCGGGAAAGGAAUACCCUAAAAACUCCGAUGGCAGUAUAAGACUGUUGAACGAGCACCUACAGGGUUUAGAAGUAGACAUUCUGUAUCAUUUGGGCCUGGAUACACAAAGCUACGAUCUACCAGCCAUGUUUGGCGAUGUUAAAUUCGUAUGCAUUGGUGGUACUAAAUAUCGGAUGCGAGAAUUCGCAGAGUAUAUAGCCAAAGAAUUAGACUUGCCGUGUAAGGGCAGUAAACUGGUCAACCUCACAAAACAUUCGCAAAGAUACGCUAUGUACAAGGUUGGACCUGUGCUGUCUGUUAGCCAUGGCAUCGGUAUUCCUUCAAUGACGACUCUUCUGCAGGAGGUGAUGAAGCUAAUUUCAUAUGCGAAAAUGAAAGAUCCAAUUAUCUUCAGGAUCGGUACCAGUGGGGGCGUUAGUAUCCCCGCGGGAUCUGUGGUGGUUUCAUCUUUUGGUCUCAGCGGGAUGUUAGAGAAGACUUAUUCUAUUCCGGUACUCGGCAAGAUGCGCAGCAUUCCGGCUAAACUCGAUUCACGACUCUGCCAGGAAGUGCACUCGCUGGCUUCAGACAAGGACGACUUUCGGACAUAUAUUGGAGGCACCAUGGCUGCCGAUGACUUUUAUAGAGGUCAAGCGCGACUAGACGGACCAUUCUGCGAUUACACAGAAGCCGAUAAAAUGGAAUUCUUAAACACCCUCUGUAAGUUAGGUGUAAGAAACAUUGAGAUGGAGGCGACGGCGUUCUCGGCGUUUACUAGAGAAGCAGGAAUUAGGGCUAGUAUUGUGUGUGUCACGUUUUUGGAUAGACUAUUGGGUGACCAGGUGACACCAAGCAAAGCAACAAUGAUGGAUUGGCAGAAAAGACCGAUGAUUGUGGUCGGCAGAUACAUUAAAGAGUACAUUAAUAAACAAUAA